CCCGCUCCCAUUGUGCGGCCCGGCGGCGGCGGAGGUGCGGAGCGGAGCGCGAGGAGGUGGAGCCGCGGGCUGCGGGCUCCGGCGCCUGCGUCCGCCCGGCCAGCCCGGCUCUGCGCUGCGAGAGGCCGGACUGCAGUCGCGGCUGCGCUCCGGAGCGAGCGCGGGGGACAUGGGGCGCGGCGGCCCGCCUGGGCCUCGCAGGCUCCGGAGCCCCGAGGGCUCCCCGCUAGGCCUCCUCAGUGGUCCCUCCUUCUCACCCGGUUCUCGGGUCCCUUAAUGAGAGAGAGCGUCCCCAGCCGCCUACCUGGCGAUGGCCAACGGAGUGAUCCCGCCGCCCGGGGGCGCCUCCCCCCUACCCCAGGUCCGGGUGCCCUUGGAGGAGCCCCCUCUAAGUCCAGACGUGGAGGAGGAGGACGAUGACUUGGGCAAGACCUUGGCUGUGAGCAGGUUUGGGGACCUCAUCAGCAAGCCCCCGGCCUGGGACCCCGAGAAGCCCAGCCGCAGCUACAGCGAGCGGGACUUUGAGUUUCACCGGCACACAUCCCACCACACCCACCACCCGCUCUCAGCGCGCCUGCCUCCACCCCACAAGCUGCGGCGGCUGCCCCCCACCUCUGCCCGGCACACCAGGAGAAAGAGGAAGAAGGAGAAAACCUCUGCUCCCCCCUCCGAGGGGACCCCUCCCAUCCAGGAGGAGGGAGGAGCCGGAGUGGAUGAGGAAGAGGAGGAAGAGGAGGAAGAGGAGGGAGAAUCUGAGGCAGAACCUGUGGAACCCCCACCCUCAGGGACCCCACAGAAGGCAAAGUUCUCCAUUGGAAGUGACGAGGAUGACAGUCCAGGCCUCCGCGGGAGGGCUGCUGUCACCAAGCCCCUGCCCUCGGUGGGCCCACACACUGACAAGAGCCCCCAGCACUCCAGCAGCUCCCCCAGCCCCCUGGCCCGGGCCUCCCGACUCACUGGGGAGAAAAGCCGGCCCUGGAGCCCAUCAGCCAGUUAUGACCUGCGGGAGCGACUGUGCCCAGGCAGUGCCCUGGGAAACCCAGGUGGUCCAGAGCAGCAGGUGCCCACAGAUGAGGCGGAGGCCCAGAUGCUGGGUUCUGCAGACCUGGACGACAUGAAGAGUCACCGACUGGAGGACAACCCUGGUGUGCGGCGACACUUAGUGAAAAAGCCGUCCCGGACGCAGGGCGGGAGGGGCAGUCCCAGCGGCCUGGCCCCCAUCCUUCGAAGGAAGAAGAAGAAGAAAAAGCUGGACCGGAGGCCUCAUGAGGUGUUUGUGGAGCUGAACGAGCUGAUGCUGGACCGCAGCCAGGAGCCCCACUGGCGGGAGACGGCCCGCUGGAUCAAGUUUGAGGAGGACGUGGAGGAGGAGACGGAGCGCUGGGGGAAGCCCCAUGUUGCCUCGCUCUCCUUCCGUAGCCUUCUGGAGCUCAGAAGGACCAUCGCCCAUGGAGCUGCCCUCCUGGACCUGGAGCAAACCACCCUGCCAGGCAUUGCACACCUUGUGGUGGAGACCAUGAUUGUGUCCGACCAGAUCCGGCCGGAGGACAGGGCCAGCGUCCUACGUACCCUGCUACUGAAGCACAGCCAUCCCAACGAUGACAAGGACAGUGGCUUCUUUCCCCGAAACCCAUCGAGCUCCAGCAUGAACUCAGUUCUGGGGAAUCAUCACCCAACUCCCAGCCAUGGCCCUGAUGGGGCGGUGCCUACCAUGGCUGAUGACCUGGGGGAGCCAGCCCCACUCUGGCCACAUGACCCUGACGCCAAGGAGAAGCCCCUCCACAUGGCUGGGGGAGAUGGUCACCGGGGGAAAAGCCUGAAGCUGCUGGAGAAGAUCCCUGAAGAUGCUGAGGCCACUGUUGUGCUUGUGGGUUGUGUGCCUUUCUUGGAGCAGCCUGCAGCAGCCUUCGUGCGGCUGAAUGAGGCUGUACUCCUGGAGUCUGUGCUUGAGGUCCCUGUCCCAGUCCGCUUCCUCUUCGUGAUGCUGGGGCCCAGCCACACCAGCACUGACUACCACGAGCUUGGGCGCUCCAUUGCCACCCUUAUGUCUGACAAGCUGUUUCAUGAGGCUGCCUACCAGGCAGAUGACCGGCAAGACCUCCUGAGCGCCAUCAGCGAGUUCCUAGAUGGCAGCAUUGUGAUCCCCCCGUCCGAGGUGGAGGGCCGUGACCUGCUGCGCUCCGUGGCUGCUUUCCAGCGAGAGCUGCUUAGGAAGCGGCGAGAGCGUGAACAGACCAAAGUCGAGAUGACCACACGGGGUGGCUACACGGCCCCUGGGAAAGAACUGUCUUUGGAGUUGGGGGGCUCUGAGGCAACCCCUGAAGAUGACCCCUUGCUGCGGACGGGCUUGGUAUUUGGGGGGCUUGUGCGGGAUGUGAGGCGCCGGUACCCGCACUACCCCAGUGACCUGCGAGAUGCACUGCACUCCCAGUGUGUGGCCGCUGUGCUCUUCAUCUACUUCGCAGCCCUCAGCCCUGCCAUCACCUUCGGGGGACUGCUGGGAGAGAAGACCGAGGGACUGAUGGGCGUGUCCGAGCUAAUCGUGUCCACUGCUGUGCUCGGCGUCCUCUUCUCUCUGCUGGGGGCUCAGCCGCUGCUCGUGGUUGGCUUCUCUGGGCCGCUGCUCGUGUUUGAGGAAGCCUUCUUCAAGUUCUGCCGAGCCCAGGACCUGGAGUACCUCACUGGCCGGGUGUGGGUUGGCCUCUGGCUGGUGGUCUUCGUCCUUGCCCUGGUGGCCGCCGAAGGCAGCUUCCUGGUCCGCUACAUCUCGCCUUUCACCCAGGAGAUCUUUGCCUUUCUCAUCUCACUCAUUUUCAUCUAUGAGACCUUCUACAAGCUCUACAAGGUAUUCACAGAGCACCCACUGCUGCCGUUCUACCCCCCUGAGGGGGCCCUGGAGGGGUCCCUGGAUGCUGGUCUGGAGCCGAAUGGCAGUGCACUGCCCCCCACCGAGGGCCCACCCAGCCCGAGGAACCAGCCCAAUACGGCACUGCUCUCACUCAUCCUCAUGCUCGGGACCUUCUUCAUCGCCUUCUUCCUGCGCAAGUUCAGGAACAGCCGCUUCCUGGGGGGCAAGGCUCGUCGCAUCAUCGGGGACUUUGGCAUCCCCAUCUCCAUCCUGGUGAUGGUCCUGGUGGAUUACUCCAUCACAGACACCUACACGCAGAAGCUGACGGUGCCUACAGGGCUCUCAGUGACCUCUCCCGAUAAGCGCUCCUGGUUCAUUCCACCCCUGGGCAGUGCCCGUCCUUUCCCGCCCUGGAUGAUGGUGGCAGCUGCUGUCCCCGCCCUCCUCGUCCUCAUCCUGAUCUUCAUGGAGACACAGAUCACAGCGCUUAUCGUCAGCCAGAAGGCGCGGAGGCUGCUCAAGGGCUCCGGUUUCCACCUGGACCUGCUCCUCAUUGGCUCCUUAGGGGGGCUCUGUGGGCUGUUUGGGUUGCCCUGGCUCACAGCUGCCACGGUGCGCUCUGUCACCCAUGUCAAUGCGUUGACAGUGAUGCGUACUGCCAUCGCGCCUGGUGACAAGCCCCAGAUCCAGGAGGUGCGGGAGCAGCGGGUCACUGGUGUGCUCAUCGCCAGCCUCGUGGGCCUGUCCAUCGUCAUGGGGGCUGUGCUGCGUCGGAUCCCAUUGGCUGUGCUCUUUGGGAUCUUCCUGUACAUGGGGGUCACGUCCCUGUCUGGUAUCCAGCUGUCCCAGCGUUUGUUGCUCAUCCUCAUGCCGGCAAAACACCAUCCUGAGCAGCCCUAUGUGACCAAGGUAAAGACGUGGCGGAUGCAUCUGUUCACCUGCAUCCAGCUGGGCUGCAUCGCACUGCUCUGGGUGGUCAAGUCCACGGCGGCCUCACUCGCCUUUCCCUUCCUGCUGCUGCUCACGGUGCCUCUGAGGCAUUGCCUUCUGCCCCGGCUCUUCCAGGACAGGGAGCUGCAGGCGCUGGACUCGGAAGAUGCUGAACCAAACUUCGAUGAGGAUGGCCAGGAUGAGUACAAUGAGCUGCACAUGCCAGUGUGACCCUUGAAGACAGUGCCCCUCAGAGACCCCAAGACCUUAGGGAUUGACACCUGGGCCUCAGGCAGAGCCCAGCCCUGGGCUGGGGGGCUCCUUAGGACCCAGAGAUGUGCCUGGAACCACUCCUGAUGCCAUGACUAGAGUGGCCCCCAUGACUUCUGCCCGGGGUGUUGACCUCGCCUCACCUUUCACAGACCAGACCGGCACAGGCCUUGAGCUCAUUAUAACCACACUCCUUGUCUCG